AUGGAGCGAAUCGUGCUCAGUUCUGACAUCCUGCCACUGCGGCUGUUCUUCAACACUGGGUCAAGGUUACGACCAACAGAACAUCAUUACAACAGAUGGGUGCCAACGGAGUUGGGUGACUAUAUCGAGAACGGCGCAAGCAUGGUUCUAUUCGCUGACUUCGACGAGGGUCAACAGAGAGACUGGAAGGUUCCAUUGUUUCUUGAGGGAGACAUUGAGGUCAUCUAUGUGGACCAUCCUGUGCCAAAAGUGCAGGAAUAUACCCUACUUGACGGAGGAUAUACAUUUCAUGUUCUCUGCUUUGUCGAUGAGUCGGAUGAAUUUGCCUUCGAGCAGGAUGGCGACAAAUGUAUUAGUACCUGUUUUUUCUUCGAGGAGAGACCGGAUGAUCUCAGCCCGGUCUCUCGCGGUGCUUGUCUCUACGUGACCCCUGGUCAACCAUUCGUUGAGGAUGUGGAAUGUCUGUCCAGACUUGAAAUGAUCUACUAUUGCCUUGUUCUACUCACCAAAUCUGUGUCAGAUCCUCGACGAGGUGGAGAUGUCGCAUUUGCAGGACGGUGCUUGAAGCACACAGUGGAAAACGCUUGUGCAGGCGAGGAGGAUUUCAAUGGGGCACAUCUAUUCGAAAUGAAGUGCACUAUAGAGCGCGCGUCUCGAUCGCGGAAACAGGCCUCGAAGGACCUUCUAGCGUAUAAGGAAGCGGUUAAGCGGCGCGAGUCGCCUACUAAGAAGGAUAAGAAGAAGGCGGUUAAGAAGAAGGCGGUCGAGAAGAAGGCGGUCGAGAAGAAGGCGGUCGAGAAGAAGGCGGUCGAGAAGAAGGCGGUCGGCGGCGGCGGUAGCGGUAGCGGUAGAAAGAAGAAGACGGCGUAG